AUGAAGGGGAUGCCCUUGCCCUAUGGUUUUGAGGGGAAGGGGGUGUUAGAGUUGGAGCAGCUGCUUGUUCACAACAAGAAAUUUGUUUCAGAUUUCGCCCCUCAAAUCUCAUCUGAUUACCUUUUUCAGAAAAAUUGCUUCUUGAAUCGGAACAGUUACAGCUUUGUUGAGCCCACCUCUGUCCUGGAUUCUGCAAGAAUUCCCAGCCGGCCCGCGUCUUCCUCAACACUGUCUUCUUCCCUAGGCGGCGGUGCUGCUUCGGUGGAUACGGCCGGCGUGGCGGCGGUCUCGGACGCGGACCCCUCUCCCAAAUGGCAGCAGCACGACUCCACCACUGCCACCAGCGGCGGCGGCGGGGCUGACCACGACCUCCUCCCCGUCCCCCCUUCCCUCGAUAUCGGAGCCGCCGGCGGGAACACGGAGAAGUUCGCCAUGGAGGACUGGGAGGGCGUGCUGUCGGAGUCGGUGGCCGUCUCCCCCGGCGGUGAACACUCCCUUUUCCGGUGGAUCAUGGGCGACCCUGAGGACCCCUCCUCCAUGGGUUGCCUCAGCCGGGGCCUCCACAUCGGCGACGGCGGCGGUGGCUCAACAACGCCGGAGCUCGAUUUCAGCGGCGGCAGCGGCUUCUCGGGGAGUGUGGAUCAGGUUUUCGUCUCCUCCGGGGAAUGCUUCCUGCCAGCUGUCCCAAACUUCCCCACCAACAGCAGAUCUGAAAAGGGUAACGACAGCUUCGGUUGGUCCUCCAACAAUCCCUUAUCUUCAAAUCCGCCUACUAAUUUCAAAUUCUCUCAGAAUAUCACACAAAACCCAUCUCCACCCUUCAACACCAACCUCAACCCCAUAGUUUUCGAUUCAUCCCCUGAAAUCAAGCCUCCCAUUUUCAAUCCCCAGCUACUAAUCAACCAUCACCAAGCCCAAAACACUCAAAACCCUUCCCUUUUCCUCCCUCUCUCCCACCCCCACCCCCGAAGCCCCAACCUCUUGGGCCCACCCCAGCCCAAGCGUCACAACCCCGGCGGGCCCAUCGACGGAGGGUUUCAGCCCGGUGGGCCGACCCCAAAGGGCCCAUUGACUGACACCGGGCAGCACCCGGAAUUCUUGAUGGCAAGAGAAAACCUACACCCCCACCAGCUCCAGUUCCUUCCCCCAUAUCUGCACCAUGGGCCGGCUGUGGGCCCAGUUCCAAGGCCCAAGCCCGACGACUGCCACCAGCUUCAGCGGGCCGUGGUGGACCAGAUUUACAAAGCGGCUGAGCUGGUCCAAACCGGAAACCCAGUUCACGCGCAGGGGAUAUUGGCGCGGCUCAAUCACCAGCUCUCUCCCAUCGGCAAGCCCUUUAUGCGGGCCGCUUUUUACUGCAAGGAGGCCUUGCAAUCCCUCCUCCUCAACAACAACAACAACAAUGCCACGUCAUCAUCAUCAUCAUCGCCUUUCAGCCUCGUCCUCAAAAUCGGAGCCUACAAAUCCUUCUCCGAGGUCUCGCCUCUCGUCCAAUUCGCCAAUUUCACCUGCAACCAGGCAAUCCUCGAGGCCGUCGAAGGUUUUGAUCGGAUUCAUAUAGUGGAUUUCGAUAUCGGGCUCGGCGGGCAGUGGGCCUCCCUCAUGCAAGAGCUCGCAUUGCAGAAUUCGGGCCCAUCAGGCCCGCCCACUCUGAAAAUCACAGCUGUCAUCGCCUCACCCUCGGCCCGCGAUCACCUCGAGAUGGGCCUGACUUGCGAGAAUCUGAUUCAGUUCGCGAGCGAGGUCAAUAUCGGGUUCGAAUUCGACGUGAUGGGCUUUGACUCACUGAGUUCCAGCCCGUUUGACGGCGAGGCAGUCGUGGUGAAUCUCCCGAUCAGCUGUCUAGCUAGCUGCCAGCUGUCACCGCCGCCUUUCGUGCUUCGUUCUGUGAAACAGCUGUCGCCGAGAAUUGUUGUCUCGGUGGAGAGAGGAUUCGAAAGAAAUGAUUUGCCUUUCGCUAACCACAUUAUCCACGCUCUUCAGUCGUGCUCGAGUCUUCUCGAGUCUUUAGACGCUGUUAACAUGAACAUUGAUUCGCUGCAAAAAAUCGAGCGGUUUUUGCUGCAGCCAUGGAUUGAGAAAAUCGUGGCAGCUCGGUUUCGAGCUCCUGAGAAGACACAGCAAUGGCGUGCAUUAUUCUUGUCCAAUGGUUUUUCGCCUGUUGUGUUCAGUAAUUUAACGGAGUCUCAAGCGGAGUGUGUGAUCAAAAGGACUCCUGUUCGAGGGUUUCAAGUGGAGAAAAGGCAGUCGAGUCUCGUGCUUUGCUGGCAGAGGAAGGAGCUUAUCUCUGCUUCGGCUUGGAGAUGCUAA